UGUUAGCAUGUGAGAAAACGACAGCAGGCAAAGGGAGGGAGUCUGUGAGUGGAGAGAUAUAUAAAUAAAAAAAUAACCUCCAGAAGAUAGCAGAUAACAGUCGGUUAUGAUAAGCAGAAGAUUGACCAUGUUGCUGCAGACCGUCUUCAUGCUCUCUGCAACUGUUUUCUUAGGAUAUCUAGAAGGGAACGGUGUUCAGAUGCAGCGGAGUGUCCAGUGUUGUAUGCAGUACUCGGAGCAGAAUGUGCGGACCAAAGACGUUCUCAAGUUUGAGGUGCAGAACGAGGGGCCGGACUGCAGCAUAAAAGCCAUCAUAUUGUACACUAAGAAGUUGGUGAAGUGUGCAGACCCGAGUGACCGGAAAGUGAAGAGAUUGCUGAAGAAACUGAGGCAGAGAGAAAACGCCAACAAGUCCACCCAGGUUCUGCAACAAAGACAAUUGCCUGUCAUGUCAAAUAUUCCCAAAGGUUCCAGUAGAUCUUUUCCACUGGAGGCUUUUCCUACAAACAGAUCCAGUAAAUAAUGGGGAGAAUUUGACUGGCCACUUUAGCCUUUUCAUCUGUCCCUGUCUCCUUGAACGUAUGUACAUCACUAACUUUCAAAACAGAACUGUAUGCUGUCCAUCUAAGAUAUGUAAUAUUUUAGAUCUCUUUAAAAACUGACUGUUAAUCUAUAUAUGCCAAAGUAUUAUUUUUAACUCUGUACUUCAAGCUUGUUCUUUCUCUAUAUACAUUAUAUGUGUACCUUAUAAGCUAUACAAGCUGUUAUAUAGAGUUAAAGUGACAUGACUGUUCCUGGCUCAAUCAUAGUGCAAAUAAAUAUUCUAUUAUGUAUGGUAAUGCAAUCAAUUUUUAUAUAUAAAGAAAUGUUGGAGAAAUGCUGUGUGCAUUAUUUUUAUUGAAAAAAAAGGUGGAAUUAUUUGUCAUUUUAAAAAGACAAAUGAUGCAUGCAGAGAUGUUUUAACAAAUAAAAAGCAAUGUUGGCACAAUAAUUGUUUUACUUUGGAAGGAUGAAGAGGGAUAGCAUUAGUCAGGUUUGAAACUGUGACAAUGGACAAGUUUGAUUAUUACAAAAAAAAAACAUAAGUGCAGCAAGCUCAUGACUAAGACUUAUUUAAUGCUAAAUAACUAACAUGGUCAGGAAUGUUGGUUUCUGCAAAUGAUUAAAAACCUGAUAACUGUUUGUUGUCUGUUUAACCUGAUACUUGUUUAGACUGUUAUGAUAAACAGAUUCUUAAUUUACACCUGGUGCUGUGUAGUGACUGACUUUCUAGUGAUUACUGCAUAUAAUAAAUAUGCACUAAAUGCAAAUGUUCAAGCAUAUCAUUACACACAGCAUUACAUGGACCAUUUUAAAUCAUUGGUUUUGCACGACUACAUAUUUAGAUGCUGAUUGUUCUGACACAAAAAAAAUUAAAAUGUUCAGGUAAUAACAACCUUUCAGAUUUUUUAAAUAAAAACAAAGAAAUCUAUUUAUUAACCAACAGCAUGCAAAUACAUGUACAAGGCCACACCAUGCGGUUUGGCUUUUUUCAAAAAUAACACAAUAUGUCUUUACAGUUACUAGUAAUCAUUUUUUACUCUCCAUAAGUAAAAUAUCUCCCUUUAGACUCUUUACAGUCAACAAACCAUGUAUACAACCACCAGCCAUAACACCAACACCACCACCAAGUGAACUGAACAACACUGAUCACCAACUCCUGAAGAAAAGCCAAUGCCAGUACAAAUUACUGAAAAAAGUAAGUCCUUGUGACAGUAGAAAAAGAAACCUAGUGCAUGAACGAGGCCUGGCAUGCAAAGAGCCCAAGGCCACUGAAGCAGCCUCCAAACUCCCCAGAUCCCAAUCUGAUUUAGCACCCAUGUGAUGUGCUGGACAAACAAGUGGAGCCAUGCCCUGAUGGACCAGAGCCAUGAAACACAAACCCUGAUUGGUUUUAAUGUUAUGGCUGACUGGUGUAGACUGGCAUGAUUCAGUUCCUCAAAUGAUUAUAAACAUCUCUUCUUUUAGUUAUAUAUGAUAAUGUAUUUUGACAUAGUACACAUUUCCAUUUAAUAGUAUUUAGAUAAAUUAAGAAACUGAGACAUUAAAUUGACAAUCGGAAUAAAGUGCAUAAGUAAAAUAUACUAAAUAUCAACAAUCAUAAAAUAUAAAUUCUGUUGAAUUCUUAAAUCUGAUUGGUCAGAAACUGUUGGUUAAUUUUUGGUAACAGCAUGUCCAACAAUUACACGUUAUAUUUAAUACUACACUUUUGUAGUAUUGCACAUUUUAUGCUUUUCCUCCAUUUGCUGUAGUCUACUAAUAAAACAGUUUGAUAUGUAAAAAAAAAAAAAAAAAAAUCUGUAUGACUGCAUAAAUCA